AUGGCGGGGAAGGAGUUUAAGGAUUCAAAGCGGGAAGGAGCAGUGUUGCACUUUGUGUGUGUGAUGUCAUUAAAGUCUCAGGGCCCUGUGAGGCAAGUAUGUCCCUGCUGUACAGCUGAGGAAACUGGGGAGGCGGCCCGCAGUUCCAAACUAGGAUUGUUGUCAUUCACCGAUAUAUCUAUGGAGUUCAGCUGGGAAGAGUGGCAGCUGCUUGAUUCUGUGCAGAAACACCUGUACCGGGAUGUGACUCUGGAAAACUAUAGUAACCUGGUGUCUGUAGGGUAUCAUGGUACCAAACCUGAUUUAAUCUUCAAGUUGGAGCAAGGAGAAGAGCCAUGGAUCAUAAACUUGGAAGUUUCCCAUCAGAGCUGUCCAGACGGUUGGGAAGAAUGGUACCAGAAAAAUCAUGAUGAAUUUGAAAGUGUUCAGAGAAGCCAUGCUUGUAAUGCAUUUGGAAAACUUCAUCUGAGCAAAACCCACAUUUCUUCAAGACAAAGACUCCUUAAAUAUAAAACACAUGGAAAAAGUUUGACACAAAACUUAGCUUCAGCCACAAGCUGUCUAAGAAAGAAUACUGAUCAAUUUCAUGGGUAUAAAGAAUCAUGUUUUAUUAAGCAUCAAAGAACUCAUAGUAUAGGAAAAAACUGUGUAUGUAAUGAAUGUGGGAAAGCUUUUCGUUGUAAAUCACAGCUCAUUGUACAUCUCAGAAUUCAUACAGGAGAGAGACCAUAUGAGUGCACUAAAUGUGAAAGAGCCUUUAGUGCCAAGUCAAACCUCAAUGCUCAUCAGAGAGUCCACACAGGAGAAAAGCCCUACUCCUGUAUCGACUGUGGGAAAGUCUUCUCUUUCAGGUCACAACUCAUUGUCCACCAGGAAAUUCACACAGGAGGGAAACCUUAUGGUUGCAACGAAUGUGGGAAAGCCUACAGCUGGAAAUCACAACUGAUAUUACACCAGAGAAGCCAUACAGGAGUGAAACCAUAUGAAUGCAGUGAAUGUGGGAAAGCCUUUAGUUUGAAGUCACCAUUCGUUGUGCACCAGAGAACUCAUACGGGAGUGAAACCCCAUAAAUGCAGUGAAUGUGGGAAAGCCUUUAGGAGUAAGUCAUACCUCCUUGUUCACAUUAGGAUGCACACAGGAGAAAAACCCUAUCAAUGCAGUGACUGUGGCAAAGCCUUCAAUAUGAAGACACAACUUGUUGUGCAUCAGGGAAUUCAUACAGGAAAUAAUCCUUACCAAUGCAGUGAAUGUGGGAAAGCCUUUGGCAGGAAGGAACAGCUCACUGCACAUCUGAGAGCUCAUGCAGGAGAGAAACCUUACGGAUGCAGUGAGUGUGGGAAGGCUUUCAGCAGCAAAUCAUACCUCGUUAUACACAGGCGAACACACACAGGAGAGAGACCCUAUGAAUGUAGUUUCUGUGAGAGAGCCUUUUGUGGGAAGUCACAGCUAAUUAUACAUCAAAGAACUCACUCAACAGAGAAGCCCUAUGAAUGCAGCGAAUGUGAAAAAGCCUAUCCCCGGAAGGCAUCACUUCAGAUACACCAGAAAACUCAUUCAGGAGAAAAACCAUUUAAAUGCAGUGAGUGUGGGAAAGCAUUUACUCAGAAGUCAUCUCUCAGUGAACACCAAAGAGUUCAUACAGGAGAGAAACCAUGGAAAUGCUCUGAGUGUGGGAAAUCCUUCUGUUGGAAUUCAGGGCUUCGUAUACAUCGAAAAACUCACAAGUGA